AUGCGUCUGUCCUGCGUCUAUCUAGUAGUCGCUACUGUGACCACUAUCAUCGCAAGCGCUAAUGCUGCAGCCGAAGCCUCCGAGCCCAUGCCCAAAAUCGCGAAGUAUACAUCGCCAGAAGCUUCAGUCCACCUUGGUGCUGAGCGCGAGAAGAGGCGUUUGCGCUUCGAAAGCAACGAUUAUCGCAACGAUGACGGUGAAGAGGAAAGGGUGGAUGGUGCCAACCUCUUUAACGUCGACAAGCUAGCGGUGUAUGUAAACAAAGCUCAGGGGCUAUCUGCCAUUAAUGUGGAUGGAAGACUGUUGAAGUUUUUUCAGAGAUUGGGCGCUUACGGCGUCAACCCUGUCAAACUCGCUAAAAGAAUUCCUGGGGACGAGUACAACAAUCUCCGUAUGCUGUACAGAAGCUGGUACUACUAG